AAUUUAUUUGUAAUUUUAGAAAAUCCAUUAAUUAAGAAAUUUCUGGCUUUUGAUAAAUGUAGGAUGUUGUGUGAUAAGUAUUUAAUAGCAAUGGUUUUUAUAUAUUUUAAACGGGCAAUGUUAGAUGUCGAAGAAUAUUCCGAAAAAAAUUUUUUUGCCGCUUUAUAUUUAGCGCAUGAUAUGGAAGAAGAUAAUGAAUAUCUAAAAUUAAAAAUAUUAGCUUGGCUCUUAAGUCAAAAUACAAUACAAACAUUAUCAGAGUUUUUUAAGAGACGAGAUAAUUUAUGGAAAUUAAUGAAGUAUAGAUGUCUAGUUAGCAGGAAGAGUUGUGAAGAAAUUAUGAAAAUAUUUCCAAUUCACAGUAUUUGGGAACGUCAAAGAUGUGAAAGUCACGCUGGUGCGUUUAGACAAUAUUGAAGACAUUUAGAGGAUAUUUCGAAAUCUUUAAAUUAGUAAAAUACAGUACAAAUAAACCUUAAAAUAAUUUUUGCCCAUAAAAUAAAUAUAAAAAUAUUUUAAAAAUUGU